GAAUAAUACCGGGAGAGGGAGGAGCACUCUGGCAGAUGACGUAGGAUUGGAAUGAGGGAGGGAAUGUUCCGGGUCAGAAUCUGGACUGGGAGGAAAUUAACUCGGGCACUAGGAAAACGAGAAACGCGACCCUCUAUCGAAACUAAGAUGCGGCUAAUAUUUUUGGAUAAGGGGGAUUGAAAGUUGAUCCAUGUGUGUCCGUGGCGUGUGUGACGCAGCGAAGACGCGAACGAACAAAAAAGCAGGUGCCUACAAACUAACCAAAAAGUAAGUGAACGACGAGUGCUCGCUGCGACCUCGCUGGCAGUGCGAUUUAUUUACGCUCGGUGAGAUUGCGUUUCGAUGUUUACCACUCGCCGCUCGACUUUUAGCCGCGAUCGUGUCGAGCAAGCUUAGUUCGUGCGGAAUUUUAAUUUUGGAACCACCUUCAGCCAGACGAACAAUCUGUUGCAUCCUUCCUGUCCAACGCACGGGCACGACGGUUUUCAGAGCGGCUCUCCCAUCCAUCACCCCGUGAUGUUUCACUGUAUACCCCUGUGGCGGUGCAACCGUCACGUCGAGACGAUCGAUAAACGCCACUGUUCCCUGCUGUAUGUGCCCGAUGAGAUUUACCGCUACGGCCGGAGUCUGGAGGAGCUGUUGUUGGAUGCCAAUCAACUCCGAGACUUGCCCAAGCCAUUCUUCCAGCUGAUAAAACUGAGGAAGCUUGGCUUGAGCGAUAAUGAAAUCCAGAGGCUCCCGCCAGAGAUUGCAAACUUCAUGCAGUUGGUUGAGCUGGACGUGUCUAGGAACGAUAUAAUGGAAAUUCCAGACACCAUCUCCUACUGCAAAGCCCUCCAAGUGGCAGACUUCAGUGGAAACCCUCUACAAAGACUACCCGAGAGCUUUCCAGAGCUGCGGAACUUAACAUGCCUUUCAAUCAAUGAUAUUUCAUUACAGGCCCUACCAGAGAACAUCGGAAACCUCGCCAACCUUGUCUCACUGGAGCUCAGAGAGAACAUGCUGACAUAUUUACCAGAGUCGCUAUCACAGCUACAGAAACUCGAGGAACUCGACCUGGGCAAUAACGAGCUGUACAACUUGCCUGAGACAAUAGGCCACCUUGUCAGCCUGAAGGACUUGUGGCUCGAUGGAAACCAGUUGGCCGAUAUACCUGCGGAUGUGGGGAGCAUGAAGAGCCUGGUGUGCCUGGACGUGUCGGAGAACAAGCUGGAGUACCUUCCCGAAGAGCUGGGGGGUCUUCUGCAGCUCUCAGACCUGCUGGUCUCGCAGAACAACAUCGAGGCUCUGCCUGAAAGCAUCGGUAAAUUAGGACGUCUCUCCAUCCUCAAGGUGGACCAGAACAGGCUCAUGCAUCUUCCAGAGGGCAUCGGCAACUGUGAGAGUCUCACUGAACUCGUCCUGACGGAGAACCAGCUGCAGAGCUUGCCCAGAAGUAUUGGCAAAUUGAAGAAACUGUCCAACUUCAACUGUGAUCGAAAUCAGUUAACAUCCCUGCCUAAAGAGAUCGGCGGCUGCAGCAGCCUCAACGUCUUCUGCGUGCGGGAGAACAGGCUCACCAGGAUCCCCUCGGAGAUCUCCCAAGCGACAGAGCUGCACGUGUUCGACGUCUCCGGGAACAGGCUGGUGCACCUGCCGCUGUCCCUGACCUCGCUGAAGCUCAAGGCCCUGUGGCUGUCGGAGAACCAGUCCCAGCCGCUGCUCACCUUCCAGACGGACCAGGACCCCGACACCGGGGAGAAGGUGCUGACCUGCGUGCUGCUGCCCCAGCAGCCCUGCGAGCCCGACCCCAAAGUGGCCGAUAACCUGGCGCGCUUCGGCGGCCUGACCAGUCUGAACGACGUGGUGGAGGAGGACUGGGACGAGCACACCGCCAAGCGCACGAGCGCCAUCCACUUCCUGGAGGACGGCGAGGACGACGACGAAGAGGACCAGGGAACUCUGCAACGGCGUGCCACGCCGCACCCCGGCGAGCUGAAGACCAUGAAGAAGGUGGCGGAAAACCUCCGCAACGACAUGAACGCCGCCAAGGCCCUGGACUCCAACAAGAACGAGGUCAAUAACGGGGUCACCACGUCUGUCUGACCCGACGCUUAUUUAUUUCAACCUCCAAAAUACUUUUACCUUUCGUUUUCUGUUGCCUCGUCGUCUCGCACAAUCCCCAACCCCUCCCCUGCACCCCACCAUCCCCGUCAAGCCCUCCGACCGACCUUCGACCCCUGGUUGACCCCUGAUUGACCCCUGGUUGACCUGCAGUCCCCAGUGUGGCCUUCCCCCUCGUCUGGUCCUCCUCAGAACACCGGUCACCUGCUCCGUCUUAAGCCCGGUCCCGGUGGGUCGUGGUUCUUCUCGCGAGUCGGCCAGGGUUCUCCUUCACGUGCCUUCUCUCUCUUUUUGAAUAAUUUCCAAGGCAAUAAUCUGCACAAACUUGAUACUUUUUAAAUGAGAUAUUUUAAAAGACUUUUACUAGUUUUUAAAAAGGCCUUUUUUUCUGUACAUAAGAAAGACAAACGUUAGGUAGUUGCACUACAAGGACUUGAUAUAAUAUUGCAAGAAUCUUUAAAUGUAUUAUAUUUUUGUUCUUUGUUAAACACUGGGUAACUCUUUUUACUUAUUGAGGAUCCAUUAAGACGUGAGGUUUUGUGGACCGAGUGAGUUGAGGAUUAUUGUAUAGUCAUUUGUGAAUAAUUAUACUUUUUUACUUUUCGGGCAGCUCGGAUGUAAAUAAAAUGUAUAGCACAUUUCUUAGAUUUCGAUUUUCUAAACUCUUUCUUUAAAUUGGGUACAUUUGUAAAAGUAAAAGUGUAAAAGCAUUGAAAAACAUGCGUUUUUACUGAUGUCUUAUUUAAAGUGAACUGCUGGGUGUACCGACGGUCUAGUCUGUUGACCCUCCUUAAAGCUUUGGGUCUGAUUUUAGGGUGAUUUGAAAUGGUUUUGGACUCAUGGAUUUGUUUAAAAAACCCACAGUACCACAGCGUGUCCACUAGAGGGCGUUUGAUGGGGGAUCAUGAGGCUGAGGUAUAUAUGUAUAAUAAUUUAUGCUGUGCUUCAUGGAGUCAUUUUGCAAUGUUUAUCGAAUGGAUGCCAAAAUGGUUCAAGUUUCUUUUCCAAUCGCCAGCUCUGUAUAGAAUAAUCAUUGCAAAAGGAUCCUUUUUUUUUUAUUACUUGUUAGAGGUUUUAUUAUAAUGCACUUAACAAAGUUUCUUGCAUUUUACAUAAAGGCUAUUUUAUGGUACGGAAUACAUUUGUUUUUUGUUUUGAUUGUGAGCCAAAGGCCAGACAAAUUGGUUGGAUGUCUAUUCUUUUGAUGAUUAUUUUCCAUUUUGAUCAAACUGCACAAAACAGUUCUGAAAUAGCAUGGAUGCUGAGCCAAAUGAUUUGGUCUACUUUUAACCACUGAUCCAAUAAAAAUGGCUGCAACGUUUUGCAAAAAACUAGU